UUCCCAAUGUCUAACCAAAAUCUCAAUUCUGCUUCUUCAAACUCGGACGUGGUUCUCCAGCAUAAUUGGGUGUUUCGAAAGCACAAUGAGCCAUUUAAACUCACUGUUGUGUAUGGUCAAAAUCCCACGUAUUUUACCUUGAAAUUUCACCAUGGUGGAGAGUUCACAAAAAAUCAUAGAAGAACAUAUGUUAAAGGGGAGGUAAUGUAUGUGGAUAGGGUUGAUGGUGACACAUUUUCUGUGCAUGAAGUGGAUCAGAUGAUACUAGAGUUAGGAUACCAAAAAGAACAAACCAUUUGUUAUCAUUUUAGGGUUCCAGAAGGUGACAUGGAUUCUGGUUUACAAGCUCUAGUUAAUGAUGAUGAUGUUAGAAAGUUAUUGCAAUAUGUUGACCUCACAAGAAUUAUUGAAAUUUACAUUGAGCAUUAUGCUACUCAGUUAACUUCAAGUGUGAUAUUUGAAGAUAAUAUAGUAGAUGAUGCAUAUGUACCAAGUAUGGUAGUUUAUCAACCAGGAGUACCCAAUCAAGUAGAAGGUGAAUAUAUUACAGUAGAUGAACAAGUUUUAAGAGAGUUUGAGAUGGGUCAGUUAUGGAAUGAAGAUGAUAAUACUAUGGAAAAUCAAAGAAUUGAUUUGGUUGAGCAUGCUAAGGAAAGGGUUUUGAAUGAAGAUGUUGAGGAAAAAGAAGUAGAUCCUGAAUAUAUUUAUGAUGAUACUCAGGUCAGAGAUGUUCCAGUUGACAUGACACUAUUUAGAAGAAAUAUAGACAUGGUGCUACAUGAUGAAUCUACAAGUAAUGUUAGUGCAGGGCCUUUGUUUGAGUUUGAUCUUAAUGGCUUUGAUAGCCUUGAUGAUUCAGAUGAUGAACUCCCAUUGGAUAGGGCUGUUAGAGAAAUGAGGACGAAGAACAAACAAAUACGCGAUUCUGUCUCUACAACUUUUUAUGUGGGUCAAGUGUUUGCAAGUAGAAGUGAUAUUCGGCAUUUGGUUAAAAAACUGGCGGUUGAUAGUAGAAGACAACUAAGCAUAAUAAGAAAUGAUACGAAAAGGUUUAGAGUUGUUUGUUAUGGUCGUGAUCCAGGUUCUCUAGUUGUUGGUAAAAUAAAUGAGAAAGUUGGUCCAUCAGAGAAGGCUAAAGAAGUAAGUUUAGAAAAAGAAGGAGGUCCCCCAGAUGUGGAGUGUUCAACUCUUCAAGAUCAAGUUCAGAAGAAGUAUCAGAUUUCUGUUUCCAGGUAUAAAGUCUUUAGGGCUAAGUCAGUGGCUUUGAAAAAAAUUCAAGGAGACUAUGCAAUGCAGUAUACAAUCCUUAGGGAUUAUUGUGAAGAACUUUUGAGAUCUAACCCUGGAACUACAAUAAAAAUUGAAGUAGAGAAUUGUUGCAACCCAGCUAGCCCAACUAGGCAAUUCAAGAGGAUUUACAUAUGCUUAGGGCCUUUGAAAGAGGGUUUCAAAUUGUUAGGGAGAGAGCUCCUAGGUUUGGAUGGUUGUUUUAUGAAAGGACCCUUUCCUGGACAGAUUCUAACUGCUGUGGGAAUAGAUUCCAACAAUGGGAUAUACCCGGUGGCUUAUGCAUUGGUUGAAGCAGAAACUCUUAGUUCAUGGACCUGGUUCUUAGAGUGUCUAGGUGAUGAUAUUAGACUUUGUUCUCAGUCUAACUUCACAUUCAUCAGUGACAGACAGAAGGGACUUAUACCAGCUUUAACAAAGGUGUUUCCAACUGCUGAACAUAGAUAUUGCUUAAGGCAUAUCCAUGAAAACAUGACCAAUUGGAGGGGGCAGUUGUUCAAAGACAUGCUUUGGAAAUGUGCUAUUUCAACAACACCGCAACACUAUGACAAAGCAAUGAAAGAGAUUCAAGAGCAGGAUCAAGGUCUAUAUGAUUGGUUGAUAAAGAUUCCACCAAAACACUGGUCUAGAGCUCACUUCAGUGGGAGGGCAAAAAGUGAUGUGUUACUAAACAAUUUAUGUGAGGUUUUGAAUAGACAACUGCUUGGGGGAAGAGAUAAGCCUAUCAUUACUUGCUUAGAGUUCAUUAGGGAAUACCUAAUGAAAAGAAUUAUGAAUGUUCAGCUGGAUAUUGAAAAAUGUUCUGGUCCAUUGACACCUGGAGCUACAGAUGUUUUUGAACAAAUCAAGAAUGAAGCUUCAAAUUACAUAGUGAUCUUUUGUGGACAGGACAAGUAUCAGGUUACUAGAGGAACUAGUUUGGAUGGACGUGUGGUAAAUAUGGGUAAAAAACAUGUUCAUGUAGAGGGUGGGAAUUAA